AUGAUCCGCAACCCAACCUUCUGCAGGAAUCUGUUGUCUCUCAAGAAGCUCGAGUCUGACUCGACGCUCUCCCACAUCUUAAAAUACCGAGGUGAAAGAUCCAAGAGCCUCAGGAGAAGUUGGACUACGAACUACUAUUCAGAGCUGGGAGAGCUCCCUCCACGCUCCCCUUUGGAACCAGUGUGUGAAGACAGACCAUUUGGCCCAGUGCAGGAGGAAAAGAAGAGGAGCUCCCGGGAGCUCCGAGAACUGUGGAAAAAGGCCAUCUUGCAACAGAUCCUGCUGCUCAGGAUGGAGAAGGAGAAUCAGAAGCUACAAGCCUCUGAGAAUGAUUUGCUCAACAAACGCCUGAAGCUUGAUUAUGAAGAAAUCACUCCGUGUCUUAAAGAAGUAACUACAGUGUGGGAAAAGAUGCUUAGCACUCCGGGAAGAUCCAAAAUUAAGUUUGACAUGGAAAAAGUACACUCAGCUGUCGGACAAGGUGUGCCACGUCAUCACCGGGGUGAGAUCUGGAAGUUUCUAGCUGAGCAGUUCCACCUUAAACAUCCAUUUCCUAGUAAACAACAGCCAAAGGAUGUGCCCUACAAAGAGCUCUUGAAGAAGCUGACCUCCCAGCAGCAUGCCAUUCUCAUAGACCUCGGGCGAACAUUUCCAACACAUCCAUACUUCUCUGCCCAGCUUGGAGCAGGUCAGCUGUCACUUUACAACAUUCUGAAGGCCUACUCACUUCUGGACCAGGAAGUUGGAUACUGUCAAAGUCUCAGCUUUGUAGCAGGCAUUUUGCUUCUUCAUAUGAGUGAGGAAGAGGCAUUCAAGAUGCUCAAGUUCCUGAUGUUUGACAUGGGUCUGCGGAAACAGUAUCGGCCGGACAUGAUUAUUUUACAGAUCCAGAUGUACCAGUUGUCACGGCUCCUCCAUGAUUACCACAGAGACCUCUACAACCACCUGGAAGAGCACGAGAUUGGCCCCAGCCUCUACGCAGCUCCCUGGUUUCUCACCGUCUUCGCCUCCCAGUUCCCACUUGGCUUUGUAGCCAGAGUCUUUGAUAUGAUCUUCCUUCAGGGAUCAGAGGUCAUAUUUAAAGUAGCUUUAAGUCUUUUGGGGAGCCAUAAGCCCUUGAUUCUGCAGCAUGAGAACCUGGAAACCAUAGUGGACUUCAUAAAGAACACACUCCCCAACCUGGGCUUGGUGCAGAUGGAGAAGACCAUCAGUCAGGUGUUUGAGAUGGACAUCGCCAAACAGCUUCAAGCCUAUGAGGUUGAGUACCAUGUGCUCCAAGAAGAACUUAUUGAUUCCUCUCCUCUCAGUGACAACCAAAGAAUGGAUAAAUUGGAGAAAACUAACAGCAGCUUGCGCAAACAGAACCUUGACCUCCUGGAACAAUUGCAGGUGGCAAAUGCUAGGAUCCAAAGCCUUGAAGCCACGGUGGAGAAGCUUCUGACCAGCGAGAGUAAGCUGAAGCAGGCUGCGCUGACACUGGAGGUGGAGCGCUCCGCCCUGCUGCAGAUGGUGGAAGAGCUGCGGAGGCAAGGCGCCCAGCCCAGCACUCCAGAGCCAGACUGCACCCUGCUGGAACCUACAGGUGACUGACAGCUGCCAGGAGAGACUGCGCACCACUAACACUGUCCAGGCCUUAAUCAAGAGAGACGGAAGGCAGAGGCAGAGAAGAGAGAACUUCUCAGGGAGGAAACUGGCUGACCAGCCUGUAGAUUCUUUUGAGCUCAGACUUGGAAUUGGAGGACAAAAGUCUCAGUUAUUGUUGUUUUUGGUUCUAAUUCGUCCCCUUUCCAGUCCUGGUUGUUGUAGCUUUAGAUGGCAUGGACAUGAAUAAAUUACAUUU